AUUAUUUUUCCAAUUUCCCCUCCAAAAGUUUGACAUCAUCAUGAUUUUGUUAAAACAAAAUUUACAGAAAAUGAAGUAGUAAUGUGCCCCAACGGAGACUUAUUCGUAUGGCUUCAAUUUCUAAUUUCAUUGAUACUGAAUAUUUUCGCACCCCCCCCCCCCCCAAUUGUGCCGGAAAUAUUUGAUUUUCAUAACUAUUUUGUUCAAGGGUGGGUGUACUUAAUGCUAUGUGUUUGUUUAUCUUUUAGAAAUAUUUUACCAAAAUAAAUCUAGUAAUCGAAACAUUUUUUGUGAAUUGACUUAGACAACUUUAAAGAACAAUAUGCCGAAAAAUAAAGGAAAGGGAGGUAAAAAUCGUAGAAGGGGUAAGAAUGAAAAUGACAGAGAGAAAAGAGAAUUGAUCUUCAAGGAAGAUGGUCAGGAAUAUGCUCAGGUUAUCAAGAUGCUUGGGAACGGCCGGUUAGAAGCGAUGUGUUUUGACGGUGUAAAACGACUCUGCCACAUACGAGGGAAAUUAAGAAAAAAAGUUUGGAUAAAUCAGGCAGAUAUUAUAUUAAUCGGUUUGCGAGAUUACCAAGAUGAUAAAGCAGAUGUCAUCAUGAAGUACAAUGCUGAGGAAGCCAGAAACUUGAAACUGUAUGGAGAGUUGCCAGAUUCUGCCAAGAUUAACGACAUGGAUAUGUUCAGUUCAAACGCUGACGAGGGUGAAAUUAUGUUUGAUGACGUCAGUGAAGCCGUCGCACCUCAGCAAACAGCUCGUGAUGAUGUCAUAACGUCUUCCGAGGAAGAAUCUGAAACUGAUGAAGAGGAAGAGAUUGUUCCACAGAAUUAUGGUCGAGAAACUAAACAGAAAGCUGGGAUAAACGUUGAUGCUAUAUAACAUUGACUUUCAACCCGGCCACUGAAGAUACAACAAAUAUUUUGAAAACUGCUUUUUGUAAAAGAAAUCUGUGCCUGCAUGCGUUCACCAACUUUUUACGAAGUGAAACUCUGUUUAUACUUGUAUUUUGAACGUUUUUUUGAGUCAGGAAGAGGAAAAUGGGGUUUUAUAUUUAUAUCUUUGCUGUGUUUUGACGAGAUCCUUUCUUUUUAAACAGAUGGAAUAGAAUAAUCCUAUCUAGAGAAAUUUUUUUUGUCUUCUCAUUUUUGUUCUGAAAAAUACCAGUGUCAAUGAAGUAUUUUAAGUUUGUUUAUUUACCCCUUUUCCAGACCUAAUUUUGUUCACAUUAAAGGAAUCAAAUAAAAAAUAUGCUUUUUCCUAUUUCGUCAUUGACUUGUUCAGCGGCUAUCUUCUCAGUAUGGUUUCUUGGAAAGUAAAAGAAAAUGAAAGCACAUACUGCAGAGGUACAAAUCAGCCUAUGUCACAUUCGAAGGUUUAGAAAAACAAUUUGUGUAAUAGUAUGGUUCUAACAGCCAGACUUUACAAUGGACAUAAGGCACUGUCUAAAAUCAAAACUAAAAAAGCUUCGAAACGAAUACGGCUCCUGGUCCAUAAUAAUAUGAGAUCAAAAAAGUC